UUGCGUAGGUACAGGUACAUGAUUCCGAGUUCAUAUUAAAUUAAAUAUAUUCGUUGUUAUCGUAUAUAAUAGAUUAGUAUACAAUUUUUCAUUCGAAAAAAAAAACAAAAAAAAAACAAACUAAUCCACAUUAUUCUUCUGUUACUUACUGAUAAUAUUAAUAAUAUAUUAGUGAUAUCAAAAUUGCAGUUUAUAGUCGUAUAAACAAAAUGAAAACACAAUCGCAAUGUCAAGGCGAGUGAAAGCAUCUCAGCGGGAAUUGUUUAUGAAGAUAACAGAAGAACAGGAGUAUGAUGACUACAUGGUCACGGAAAAGGACGGCGAUGGCUCCAGCAUCAUGUCGUCUCUCUCCUUCGUGACUCUCCGCGCAAAAGGGAAAAAAGGCAUGAAGCUCUUCGCAAAAUCUGCCGCGUGGAGCGCAAACACACGAUUGAAUAACCCUAUUCUUUGUCCGUAUAGCGUUGAGCUGUGCUUCUACGAAACAUUGUGGAAACAAUACGAGAAGUUAGAAGAAAUAUGUAGUGUCCCAAAGGAACAUAGAUUCCGUAAGCCGAAACUAUAUGGAAGUAGCUACGAAUAUCUAAACGAAACUCUGGUGAUAGAAGAUUUGGUUGCGAAAGGUUAUGAAGAAACCGACAGACAGAAAUCUGCGGAUUUCGAGUAUAUGUCAACGGGUGUCGCUUUGAUGGCGCAGUUUCAUGCUCUUUCCAUAGCUUACUCUCAGUACAACCCAGAAGCUUUUAAGCAAACCAGCGAAUAUUUGACGAUGGACGUAUCUAAACUAGAAACGUGGUUUGCAAGCGUUUCGCCUAAAAUGCUGGCCAAUGCGUUCUCAUCCGCAGUAAAACAUAGAGAAAAACUUAAAAACUACUUUCAGAAACCGAAGAGAUUUCACCAACUAUUUAUGAGUUAUUACCGAAGGAGGAACGACAACGUUUUGAUUCACGGGGAUUUCAAGCCAAGCAACUUAAUGCAUAGACGUAGAAAUGGGAAAUUAGAGUUAGUUGUCCUCGACUUUCAGUUGGUUCACGAUGCAAAUGCUGUGGUCGAUCUUAUGUACUUCAUUUAUACUGCUACAGACGAGUCAUUUCGCCGUGCCCAUUACCAAGAGUUACUGGAUCUGUACUAUGAGAAGCUGAAGGCGUCCUUACGUAGACUACGCGUUGACCCAGAGCAGAUAUACCCGAAGAAUACUUACAGAUCGCGUUUGGAAGAGUGUGCAAUGUUGGGGCUAGCUAUAGGCGUCGCGAAUCUGCCUAUGGUGUUGGUGGAUAAGGACAAAAUCCCUGCUUUCAAUGAGGAUGCAGAUCUAGACGAUUUUGCGGUGGAGGGUAACGACCUUUUUAAAGAGCGUUUUAAUGGUAUACUAAAUAACUACGUAGAGUGGGGACUGCUGUGAGAAGAGUUAACAUAACUUUAGAGCUAUUGUCGGCAAUUCUCCCCGUCAUUGGUCAACGUCACCAACAUUUAUUACCUAUACAUUUUCGUAUUAAAUAUGUGCACUCUCUCUUAUUUUCUUAACGUUUUUGCCAUCUUUCUUAAUUCUAGAAAAAUAGUGUGAUUUCAGAAAUGUUGCAUUUCAAAUGUUCAAAUCACAUCAGCUGGUAAAAGCUCUCUUGACUGUUCAAAAACUGAUGAGAAAGUUAUAAGCUGAUGCAAAUUUUAGUUGUUUCCUUAUGUUGUUUCACUCGGGGGCAAAAUUUGUUUUUGGGAUCUUUCGCUUCCUUGGGUAUCAAUAUUAGCACGAGCGGUAAAACAACAACGUUGCUCCCUUGUAAACAAAUAACUCUUGUGAAUGUCUUUUUAAACUGAAAAUUGUUAAAUUAAAUAAAAAUUUCUAGGCUCACAAAAUACACCUCUUUAACUCAAAUUUUAAUAACAAUAACUGAUAGUUAUUGAGUAAAAUGGCUGUGAUAUACGGACGGACGAACAUGACGAACUAUGAGGAUUCCGUUUGUGCCAUUUAAUAAACGA